AGCGACAUUUCCCCUCUCUUAUCAGCUGUUCUGUACGACCUUCACACGUGUUUAUUUUCAACAAAAAUUAAGUUUAAAGGCAUUUUCCUGAGGAAUUAUGGACAUUAUGGAAGUUCAGAAACCAAUUCCAUUCGAAACCUUCUGGUUCGAGCAAAAUCAAGUCAACUUGCGCUCGGUUGAGGAUUCUGUGGAGCUGCUUCUGGCCAGGAACUCCGUGACUAAUCCCCUGAAUGUCAAGGCAUGGGCACUGAAAGCCCUCACGCUCACUGACCUCACAACACUCGCAGGAGACGAUACCAAAGCCAAUGUGCGGAGUUUAUGCCUCCGGGCGGCUUUUCCCUUUCCGGAACAUGUUCUCAACAAUCUUGGCUUGGAUGAGGCUACCAAAGAGAAAAUCCACACUGCUGCAGUGUGUGUCUACCCCAGUAGAGUGCCAGAUGCCAGAGAAACACUCUAUCAACUUGGCAAAUUGAACGACAUCCCAAUUGCUGCUGUUGCCACGGGAUUCCCAUCUGGCCAAUAUCCCCUGUCCACUCGACUAGAUGAGAUCAAAAGUGCUAUAGCUAGUGGAGCCACAGAGAUUGACAUUGUAAUAGACAGAGGAUUGGCUCUGCAGGGUCACUGGCAGGAUCUCUAUAAUGAGAUCCUGGCCAUGAGACGUACUUGUGGCAAUUUGGCGCAUCUCAAAGCCAUUCUGGGCAUUGGGGAAUUGGGCACCAUGAAGAAUGUUUAUAUGGCUUCCAUGGUAGCGAUGAUGGCUGGAGCUGACUUUAUAAAAACUUCCACGGGGAAGGAAAGUGUAAAUGCAACGCUUCCAGUGGGCUUGGUAAUGAUCAGGGCAAUCCAGGACUUUCACAAGAAGACUGGCCAGAAGAUUGGUCUUAAACCUGCCGGAGGUGUUAGGACGGUAAAAGAGGCCAUUGCCUGGAUGAGUUUGAUCAAGGAAACUCUGGGAAAUGAAUGGUUGCAGCCUCACCUGUUUCGCUUUGGUGCUUCCGGAUUGUUAGGAGAUGUAGAGAAAGUGGUCUUGUCCUAAACUCGUUCACUUACUCUUGGACUUCAUCUCUCUUUUCAACUCUCAAUGUAAGUGUCGAACAAUUUUUCUAUUUACCAAUUUCUUUUAUUGUUCACUUUUUUUAUCACUAUAAAUAUAUAAAACCAG